AUCUUGACGGUAGUCGGCGAGGAGAGCAAUCACGUGACUACGCAAGGCGCGCGAAAAACAAGCGACAAGUAGGAGCGGACAAGCGCAUCAGAGCAGUCAGGCUGCCGGGCACGCAGCAAGAUGGGUGACUUGGCGGCGGAAGUGGUCAGCUCGGAGUGCGCGAGGACUCCACGGGAGAUCUCUGCCAACCGCUUCGCAUCUCGACCGACUUCGACCAACAACGCAUCGAAACGGCAUGAGACCCCAUCGACUACACGCCCCAAGUCCGCUGGCGAGCAAACGGCACCGCCAGACAGUAGUACUCUAGCCUUAGCCAUGGUGGCGCGGCUCAGCAAGACGCCAGACAACUCUUCUCGUGCGAUCGCAAAGUCGGGGACAAAGCCGUCAUCCAAGCACAAGGCCACCGGUAGCACCCCUCAGACACCUCAGCAGACCGCAGAAGACCUGGACGCACCUUUUGGACAGCUCAUAUUGCUUCAAGCGGAUUAUCAGACCGAGCGCAAUCGCUUUCCCUUGACCAAGGAGACAUGCUCGUUCGGUCGCUUGGAGUCUUGCGAUGUCAGGCUACACCUCAGCAACGUCAGCAAAGUCCAUGCCGAGCUCCUCUUCACGCGAAAGAAGGAUACUUCGAUUGAGGCAGCACUUGUCGUGCACUCCGUCAACGGUCUUGUGCUCAACGGCAUCCACUGCCAACAGAAUACGGAGCAUGCGCUGUACGAUCAGGACAUAAUCGAGAUAGCCAAGCGUGUCUUCAAAUGGCAGCAACCUACAUCCAAGCCAGCCAAGAUGUGUGCGCCGCAGGUAGCCACGCCUGCAACAGUCGCGCGCAAGUUCAAGCCUCGGCCGUCUGUCAUGGACCGGGUCGUUCUCGACACGCCCUCGAGUCGGCCAAUGCCAGCGCAGAAGCCCAAUGGAGUCUUGGCAGCACCAAUACCAGCCAAGCUCUGCAAAGAUUACGAUGACGAACCUACUUCCUUGAUGCCUUGCCCGAAAGCCCUUCAGAACGACGUCAGAGUUUCUGCCCCACGGCCACGGCCUUCACGUACAAUCUCCUCGACACCAAGACGCGCGGAGAAGACUUCAAUGCCAGCAGAUGCACCGGCCGAUAUCGUCACGCCGGGCUUCAGCCAUGAAGUGUCAGUCAAAUCGAAAGAGCGUACACUCCGCAAGCGGCACAGUAUGCCUGGUCAAUGGGCAUCUCCUUCGUCUUGUUCCUCUUUCUCUGGCAGCAGCGAAGCUAUGUCGCCUCUGUCAGCUCGGCCACCAGCAUCGGCAUCGCAGAGUCCCUCCUUGCGCGUAUCUGAUUGCUCGACAUCAGACUCGCGAGUAGAUCUGACAGACAAUCUCCAGCUCGAAAGCGAGAUCGAACUCUCAUCUCUCAAUCAGAGCAGUCAGGACGUGCUCCUAUCAGUCGAUGAGUCCAUCCUCACUCAGCCAAUGCCGUCGAGCUCUGUUCUUCCCAGCUCGCUUGCAAGAGGCAGUGCACGCAAAAGCAUCAGACGAACCUCGAUGGCAGACCAAUUGGUCCAGACGCUCGAGCAAGAAAGACAGGCCGUUCAGGAUGCCCAACACUAUCCGCAUCUCGAGCAGCUCGAAAAGCAGCAUCUGAGCGCGUCUACGACCCCACCGAGCGAUCGCGAUCUGAUCCAUUUUGAUAGCACGGGCAGCGGCCAGAAGGCUCAGCCUGCGUUUUUGGUCGAUGCCAGAGUCACCGCGAAGCCUCGCAAAAGCUUCUUUUCUUUCGCGCCGGACAGUCCCACAGCAAGCCUGCUUGCGAAUCAGCGACCUCUUCAGCCUGUCCGAGCUAAAGCUCUCGUCAAGCCCGCGCCGUCUCCAGCCUUUACUGCGGUACCCCCAUUAGACCCGCCCUGCGCAUCGUCGGGCGGCGACAGCAGCAUCGCAAACAGCGACGAGGAGGUGUCUGCGCUUCUUAUCGGCCCUUGCCCUGCCACUCGCGCCCCGCCCGCAGCGCCCGCUCCCGAAAGCUCGCCUGGUAUCCUGCCUGACGCUACGCCUCGCACGCCUGCUAGCACAGGGCUAGCACAGCUGACGCCUGCUCAGUCAACGCCUCCCAAGCCUCCUUUGCCGCGACCAGCCAGUCUUCCACGUCUCAGCAGACGAUCGUCACUCCGCGAGCGUGUCAUGCUCAAGAGCGCAAUACAAGCUCAUCUCGGCGACACGCGAGAUCUCGAUGCAUUAGCAGCGCCGGCAGUUAUAGCAAGCGCACAGAAUGAUCAGGACGCGCCACAAUCUCCUGACGCCGCUUCCGCCAACGUUCCGUCUACAAGUGCGGCUGAGCCCGAGGCAUUGGAGCACAACGAUCAUUACGAGCUCGAAGUAGCACCGGAUGCUGAAAGCUCAUCUGUCUCACCAGAUCAAAGCCGUUCGCUUCGAAGCUCGAUCACGCCGCCAGACACACCGGAGCCUGUUCUGAGCUCCUCUGACCGUGCAGCGAGAGCUCUUCGUCGAACGAGCGGGCAGUGGGCUAGCCCGACGUAUCUGAACAAGGCCGUCUCGGAGAAUAUCGCAUGGACCGAGAUUGACAGCCAGUUCGAAGCGAAUCUGUUGCCCGGCUCGACAUCCGCGCUUGUCGAUGGUCACAGUGAGGAGCUGUCCGAUGAUAGUAUCUGCUUGCCUCGUCGCGAGGCUUCGCCGUCGCGCACCAUCUUACGGAAAACGCCUUCGCUUGAAGCGCUUAAGGCUGAGCAGAGAAAGCCAGCGACGCCCGUCGGUAUCAUCAGAUCAAUAAGCUCGCUUCUAUCAGCUCGUAAGACGCCCCGAGUAGGCAUGAACGCGUCUGCCAAACGCAAAGUCCAAUUCAGCGACAAGCUGCACGUUCGCGAGUUCCAGAAGAAGCUAUACGAGCACGCGGAGAAGCCGCCGAGCCCAAAGAAGAGUCGCAUCGAUCUCACGCGAUGGCGCGCUGUCGAAGAAAGCUCCUCUGAUUCUGUCGCGUCAGCAUCAUCGGAAGAGUCUUCAGAUGAGGAGCACCCUUCCGCGAAAUCUCAGUCAAUGGCGGGCACGCCUCGCAGUACGGCUGCGCCUAUGUCAGCCGUUGUCUCGACGCCCAGCUCGAUGCGAGCGCGACGGGUAGCGACUGACUGCCCGCCGAGCGCAGUCAAGGAAAUUGUCGAUGCUCAGAAAGCUCAAGCCAUGAUGGCUUUGACACCCUUGCGAGCCUCACGGAAGCCUGUCAAAGCGGCGACUGCAUCGAUCGCAGAAAACGUCGCAGGCGCACAACGCGCGAAAGCUGCUGCAGACGAUUUGCAGCGACUGUUAGCGACGCCUGUUCCUCGACUGGUCUCUCAGCCUCUGGUUUUCUUGGCGCGCAUCACGCCAAAGCCGGAAGAAGCCUCGAUAGCACUUUCGGAGCUGAAAUCUGAGAUCAGGAAGCUCGCAACAAUCGAGAGAACGAGCCCGAUCAAGUCCAGUCUGCCUACCAUUGACGCAGCGAGUCUCGUCGACGGGCUUCAUCUUUCCGCCACUCCUGCAUCCGCCACACCCAACAGUAUGACUACACCAGAUCUUCGCGGCUUGCGUCAUCUUUUCCAGCAGCAGGGUCCGUCGUCUGCUGCAACGCCUGCCGCUUUACGCGACGUCUCGAGCUUGUACAAGCUGCCGAGUAACACUUCCUUUACGCCUGAUCUCCGCGGCGUCAAGCAGCUCCUUAUGCCUGACACGCCCGCCGCGUCAUCUGCUGCUUCAGUGAGCCAGGCCAUCAAAAAUCCCGUUGAGCUGCCUGCACCGGUCAAGACGAGCCUAGCUACGCCAGCUGCAUCAGUGACGACGACAGCAACGCGAACAAAUCGCCUGCAGCCGUCUGUCAAGAUGACGAGAUCACGAUCACGCGAACAAGGCCUCAGUCAAGUGAGCGCUGUCGGCCCGGCACCUGAACCUCCUCGUUCGCGAUUGCCGAGCAGGGUUCCUCGAUCUGUACCUGUCAAGGUGCAAGUCAAAGAACCGAUCAGCAGCAAAGCGUCUAGUCUGCCUCGAACAACACGAAGUGCGACGAGCAUUCCGACUUCGUCGCUUCCUCAACCCGUCUUGCGCGCCUCGCGUCAAGUCUCGCAACCACAGCAGAAAGAGUCGGAAGCACCAAAGCUGACGAGAGGUCAACCUAAAGAGAAAGCUUUGGCCGCUCGACCUCGCUUCCGCUGAGGCCGUGCAAAGAAUGUGUUACACUCGAAUGCAUUGAGGUCGCAAAGGGUCAUACCCUACGUCGUGCAGCAUCCCUCACUGCCGCCAAACGGGUCGCGUAGCCAGCGGGCAAGACGGUUCGUCGAGAUUGACUGAGCCUGACGUCGUCUGCUGCGAAACCAGGUAUACGGAUAUUCCAGUUUCGCUCUGCUCUCUCGCUUUCAGACGGUGCGUCUGCACUUAGAGGAGAAGCAUAUGCAUACCCAGAUGAAGCUGAACGUCUCUAACUUCGAGACGAUCGGACUUGCGAUGUUUUGCGAGCUGGCAGGAGAACCGAGUGACGGAAUCGAUAAACUCAUCUGCAAUAUCCAGAAGCAGCUGUAUAGCGUAACCUAGAUGAGCAAGGGGACGAGAUAGAAGAGAUACGAUCUACUAACGUCUUCGACUGCGCUGUCGAGACUCUCGUCGGGAUCAAUACUCUCGAGCAGCUGCUGGAGCUUCCUCUUGUUGAGC